CCCGCGCGUGCGCGGGUCCCGGCGGCGGAGGGGCGGGGAGGGGGCGACGCCGCUUCCGCCCGGCGCCAAGAUGGCGGCGCCCUUUGUCUGGGCCGUGUCACGGGCGGCGCUGUGAGGCCGCCGCCGGCCCCGGCAUGGCAGCCAUGGAUUUCCCCCAGCACAGCAAGCAAGUCCUGGAGCAGCUGAACCAGCAGCGGCAGCUGGGCUUGCUGUGCGACUGCACCUUCGUGGUGAAUGGCAUCAACUUCAAGGCCCACAAAGCCGUGCUGGCGGCGUGCAGCGAGUAUUUCAGGAUGCUCUUCGUGGACCAGAAGGAUGUGGUGCACCUCGACAUCAACAACACGGCAGGCCUGGGCCAGGUUUUGGACUUCAUGUACACAGCCAAGCUGAGCCUGAACCCCGACAACGUGGAAGACGUGCUGGCCGUGGCGGGGUUCCUCCAGAUGCAGGAGAUCGUCAGCGCCUGCAACGCGCUCAAGUCCCUCACGGUGCUGGCAGAAAGCCCCGUGGAGAGCCAGGGGGUCCCCGCCGAGAUGGGGGCUGAAAAGGCAGCCGUCGAGGACAAAGCGGUGGCAGCAGUAACGCGGGGUGAUUCUGACAAACCAAAACAAGUUCCUCCCAACCAGGAGGGGAAGGAAGAGGCGCCCGUGGCUGCAGCAGCACAGCCUGAGGAGCAGGCGGAGCAGCUGGAUGUCAAAGAGGUCCCCGCAGAAGGUCAGCAACCAGGAGGUGAUGUCAAAAAUCCCCCGGGCGCCCUGUCCCGCUGCCAGGCUCCGCUGCGUGGAGGCGAGCGUCUGUUUUCUCCCCGACACGCUCUGCUGUUCCUAGGUGCAGACGGCGCCGCCCAGGCGGGCCCUGCCGACGGCUUCCCCAGCCCCACGCAGCCCGCGGAGGGCGCGAUGGGCGGCAGCAGCCCCGCGGCCGAGGGCAGCGUCCCCCAGCACGCCGCGACGGGAGAGGUGGAGCUGGAAGGGAAGGAGGAAGAGGGGGAGAUGGCGGCAGAGGAUGAAGAGGAGGCUAAAAUCCCCAAGGAAGUGCAGCCCAAGUUAGAAAAUGGAGAAAAUGCCGAGGAUAACGAAUCAGGGAGCACUGACUCCGGGCAGGAGAACUCAGGUGAAACCCGGCUGCUGCGCUCGGGCACUUACAGCGACCGGACCGAGUCGAAAGCCUACGGCUCCGUCACGCACAAGUGCGAGGACUGCGGGAAGGAGUUCACCCACACCGGGAACUUCAAGCGACACAUCCGCAUCCACACCGGUGAGAAGCCCUUCUCCUGCAGGGAGUGCAACAAAGCCUUCUCCGACCCGGCCGCCUGCAAAGCCCACGAGAAGACGCACAGCCCCCUGAAGCCCUACGGCUGCGAGGAGUGCGGGAAGAGCUACCGCCUCAUCAGCCUGCUGAACCUGCACAAGAAGCGGCACACGGGGGAGGCCAAGUACCGCUGCGACGACUGCGGCAAGCUCUUCACCACCUCCGGCAACCUCAAGCGGCACCAGCUGGUGCACAGCGGGGAGAAGCCGUACCAGUGCGACUACUGCGGGCGCUCCUUCUCCGACCCCACCUCCAAAAUGCGGCACCUGGAGACCCACGACACCGACAAGGAGCACAAGUGUCCCCACUGCGACAAGAAAUUCAACCAGGUGGGGAACUUGAAAGCUCACUUGAAGAUUCACAUUGCAGACGGGCCCCUCAAGUGUCGGGAGUGUGGCAAGCAGUUCACCACUUCAGGCAACCUGAAGCGGCACCUCCGGAUCCACAGCGGGGAGAAGCCCUACGUCUGCGUUCACUGCCAGCGGCAGUUCGCUGACCCCGGGGCGCUGCAGCGGCACGUCCGCAUCCACACAGGAGAGAAGCCGUGCCAGUGCUUGAUCUGCGGGAAGGCUUUCACCCAGGCCAGCUCCCUCAUCGCCCACGUGCGCCAGCACACGGGGGAGAAGCCCUACGUCUGCGAGCGCUGCGGCAAGAGGUUCGUGCAGUCGAGCCAGCUGGCUAACCACAUCCGCCACCACGACAACAUCCGACCCCACAAGUGCACCGUCUGCAACAAGGCCUUCGUCAACGUGGGCGACCUCUCCAAGCACAUCAUCAUCCACACCGGGGAGAAGCCGUUCCUGUGUGACAAGUGUGGCCGUGGCUUCAACCGGGUGGACAACCUGCGCUCCCACGUGAAGACGGUGCACCAGGGCAAGGCAGGCAUGAAGAUCCUCGAGCCUGAGGACGGCGGCGAGGUCAACAUUGUCACGGUGGCCUCAGAUGACAUGGUGACGCUCGCCACCGAGGCACUGGCCGCCACCGCUGUCACGCAGCUCACGGUGGUCCCCGUGGCGGCUGCCGUGACGGCAGACGAGACUGAAGCACUUAAAGCGGAGAUCACUAAAGCGGUGAAACAAGUUCAGGAAGCAGGUGAGGAGGGCAGGGGGCCGGUGGCGUGUUCGACCGGCUCCUGCCCUGCCGCCGCCCCAGCCCGGGCCUCCCCUCUGCCCUUGCAGACCCCAACACCCAGAUCCUCUACGCCUGCGACUCCUGCGGGGAGAAAUUCCUGGACGCCACCAGCCUGGCGCAGCAUGUCCGCAUCCACACGGCCCAGGCCCUCGUCAUGUUCCAGGCCGACACGGACUUUUACCAGCAAUACGGGGCCGCCACCGCCACCUGGCAAACAGAGCAGGUCCUCCCCACAGGGGAGCUGCUUUUUCGUGCCCGCGAUGCCCCCCCUGAGCCCCCCGCCACCCCCUUGGCCCCUAUGCCGCUGGCCGGGGAGGGCCAGGCGCCCACCGAGUGACCUGCCUGCCCUCCCUCGCCUUUAUUUAAAGACAGCUGCUCGGAAAUGGUGUAAAAAUUGUAUUUCUGGAAAGAGAGACAGAAGGAAUAAAUUGCAGUAUUUUCUAUAACGCGUGUUUUGCGCC